CCUUGGACAGACACGGGCGGAGGGAGGGAGCGGAGCAAUGGCUGGGACCGUGGAUCAGAUCGCCAUCGUGGGAGAGGAGCCGGAAAGGACCAUCUCCAGGUCAGACAGUGGCAGUGGAGAGGAUUCCUUGGAUUGUCUGUUCUCCCGACUACCGUUAACUCCGUCUCUUUCUCCGCGGAAACGAACAACAAGCCAAAGCAAGUCUGAACCACCACUUCUGAGGACCAGCAAGCGCACCAUCUACACUGCUGGACGACCUCCCUGGUACACUGAAUCAGGAACUCCAUUUAAAGAAGCCUUUGUUAUUGGUUUGUGUGGAGGAAGUUCUUCUGGCAAAACCACAGUGGCUAACAAGAUUAUUGAAGCUUUAGAUGUUCCAUGGGUGGUUCUACUUUCUAUGGAUUCCUUUUAUAAGGUAUUGAACAAGGAGGAACAAGAGCUAGCUGCCAAAAACGAAUAUAAUUUUGACCACCCUGAUGCCUUUGAUUUUGACCUGAUCAUACAUACACUGAGGAAGCUGAAGAAAGGCAAGAGUGUGAAGGUUCCAGUUUACGACUUCACCACACACAGUCGAAGAAAGGACUGGAAAACUGUGUAUGGAGCAAAUGUUGUGAUCAUUGAAGGAAUUCUUGCAUUUGCUAACAAGGAGCUUCUAAAGCUUUUAGAUAUGAAAGUUUUUGUGGACACUGACUCUGAUAUCAGACUUGUUCGACGCUUAAAAAGAGACAUAUCUGAGAGGGGUCGUGACAUUGUUGGUGUUAUCAAACAGUACAACAAGUUUGUCAAACCUGCCUUUGAACAGUACAUAGAGCCAACAGUACAGCUUUCAGACAUUGUUGUCCCUCGAGGUGGAGAGAACUUUGUUGCUCUUGAUUUGAUUGUUCAACAUGUUCAUAGUCAGCUGGAAAAGAGGAAACUUCGCUGGGAUAUAGCAGCUCUUGCAUCUGCCCACCAAGGUCAACCUCUGCCGGAUAAACUAAGUGUCCUUGAAAGCACGCCACAAGUUAGAGGAAUGCACACAAUUAUCAGAAAUAAAGACACAAGUCGAGAUGAGUUCAUCUUCUAUUCAAAAAGGUUAAUGAGGUUGCUGAUUGAGCAUGCUCUUUCCUUUCUGCCGCUCAAGCCUGUUACCGUGGAAACACCUCAAGAAGAGCUAUAUGAAGGGAAACGAUUUGAUGGAAAAAGGAUAACAGGAGUCUCCAUUCUUCGUGCUGGUGAAACCAUGGAACAGGCUCUAACAGCAGUGUGCAAGGAUAUCAGAUUAGGGAAGAUUCUUAUUCAGACUAAUCAUGACACAGGAGAGCCCGAGCUACAUUAUCUUCGAUUACCUAAGGAUAUCAGUGAAGAUUAUGUCGUUUUGAUGGAUAGUACGGUGUCAACAGGUGCUGCUGCUAUGAUGGCAGUUCGAGUCCUUCUGGAUCAUGACGUGCAGGAAGAUAAAAUAUUUCUACUCUCCUUAUUGAUGGCUGAGAUGGGAGUGCAUUCAGUGGCUUACGCCUUUCCCAAGGUUAACAUCAUUACCACGGCAGUAGACAAGAAAGUAAAUGAUCAGUUCCACAUUAUUCCUGGAAUAGGUAACUUUGGGGAUCGAUACUUUGGCACAGACGCACCAUCUGAUUGGUAUGAGAGUGAUGAGGUCAUGGACUACUGAUGUGUCAUCUGAGUACCCGAGGGACCGUGAAAAGACUGCAAUUGCUGUAUAAAGAAUAUUUUAAUUACUUACAAAAACUAGAUGAAUUGUCCUUUUGUGAAUUCAAAUUGUUCUUUCAAAUUUAAAUGCUUUGGUUUAUCUUUAUUCAUGCUCUAAAACAGAAACUAUUUUAA